AGCCUCGUCUUUCUUGACUUUUCCGUCCAUUUCGGUUGAUCGUCACUCGCGCUACCUUCAUCCUUUUUAACCAGGACAACAUGGCUACCACAGCGAGCCGUUACUACAGCGAGGACGGCCGGGCAACCAAAAGACAGAAAACCGACGGGAUGGCCACGGGAUACGAAGAUCCACACAAGACGCUUCCGUCCGUCGUGGUGCACGUCCGGGGGCUGGUGGACGGCGUGACGGAGGCCGACCUCGUGGAGGCCCUGCAGGAAUUUGGAGCAAUCAGCUAUGUAGUGGUGAUGCCCAAGAAGCGGCAGGCGCUGGUGGAGUACGAAGACAUGAACGGAUCAUCUACAGCCGUAACCUACGCUGCUGACAACCAAGUAUACAUCGCCGGCCACCCAGCCUUCAUCAACUACUCCACCAGCCAGAAGAUCUCCAGGCCGGGCGACUCCGACGACUCCAGAAGUGUUAACAACGUUCUUCUGCUCACCAUCAUGAACCCCAUCUACCCCAUCACCACGGAUGUCCUCUACACUAUCUGCAACAACUGCGGGCCUGUCCAGAGAAUUGUCAUCUUCAGGAAGAACGGCGUCCAGGCAAUGGUUGAAUUUGACUCGGUGCAAAGUGCCCAGAGAGCGAAGGCGUCGCUGAACGGAGCAGACAUCUACUCGGGCUGCUGUACCCUGAAGAUCGAGUACGCAAAGCCCACUCGUCUGAACGUGUUCAAGAACGACCAGGACACCUGGGACUACACGAACCCCAACCUUGGAGGCCCAGAUGGUGAUGCAGAUGGAAAUGGGAGCAAUUCAGAAGACGUGAACGCCAACCCCAACAAGCGGCAGAGGCAGCCUGCUCUGCUGGGCGACCACCCUCCAGAGUACGGAGGCGGUUACCACGGCUACGACGAGAGCUACGGCUCCCCGCCCUACGAGGGUCGCCGCAUGGGUCCGCCCAUGAGAGGGCGCGGAGGGAGGAGCUACGGGCCCGGCUACGGACCCCCGCCCCCUCCCCCCGGCGAGUACGGGGCCCACGCCGACUCCCCCGUCGUCAUGGUUUACGGGCUGGAGCCUCUGAAGAUGAACGCCGACCGCGUCUUCAACAUCUUCUGUCUGUACGGCAACGUAGAGCGGGUGAAGUUCAUGAAGAGUAAACCCGGGGCAGCCAUGGUGGAGAUGGGAGACUGUUACGCAGUGGACCGCGCCAUCACUCACCUCAACAACAACUUCUUGUUUGGACAGAAACUCAACGUGUGCGUGUCCAAGCAGCAGGCCAUCGUCCCGGGUCAGUGCUACGAGCUGGACGACGGCACCAGCAGCUUCAAGGACUUCCACGGCUCCAGGAACAACCGGUUCACGUCGCCGGAGCAGGCGGCCAAGAACCGCAUCCAGCACCCGAGCAGCGUGCUGCACUUCUUCAACGCUCAGCCAGACGUCACGCCGGAGGUUUUCUCUCAGAUUUGUGAAGAGAUCGGUGUCAAGUCUCCCGUUAACGUCAAAAUGUUUACAGGAAAAAGUGGCGCUGCACCCAGCGAUCGCAGUGCCUCAGGUCUGCUAGAGUGGGAGUCCAUCAACGACGCCAUGGAGGCGCUGGCCAUGAUGAAUCACUACCAAAUGAAAAACGCAACCGGGCCGUACCCCUACACUCUCAAACUCUGCUUCUCCACCGUUCAACACGCCAACUGAGCGCAGCGUGGAGGUCAGGGAGACGAAGAAUCGGUCCGCCAUUCCCAUGUUCUCAUGUACUUAGACCAUGACUGCUCACAACUCGCCUGGGGGCAAAAGUCUCGAUUAAACUUGAUCUCCACGAGGAGAGACUCCUCGUAUUUGAUACAUUUAGCAGCUUCAACAAAAAGGCCAACGGGCGUUAAAAGUUUUGAUAUUUAUCCCCCAGAUGUGGUUUAGAGUUCCUGUUCCUGCGUGUCUUCAAUAUUAAGUUGUCCUUUUUACUUUUUUUGUAUUAUGCUUAAAUAGAAACCUGACAUAGUGUAUUUGAAAGAGCUGGUUUUAUGAUCAGGUGGUUCAGUGGCAGUGGACAACAUGGUUUUGUAAAAGUUGUCUUUUGAAACUUUUAUUAUAUAUAUAUAUCACUUUUGUUUGUUUUUUUGUUUUUUUUGGUUAUUUUAAUUGCUGCCUAUUCAGUUCUGCAUCUCUGUGUUAGAUAUGCAGAUAGAGAAUUGUUUUUGUUCUAAGAAAAUAAAAAAAAAACUUCAAAUAAAAGUUUUGUUUGUUGCAGUUAUUC